UGCAAGAUCUGUUCGGACCUGGGUAACGGCGUCCAUUUUGGUGUCGUCACAUGCGAGGGUUGCAAGAAGUUUUAUCGGAGGGCGUUGCACGAGCACAGGACAUACGUGUGCAAGCUGGAAGGGAAGUGCAUCAUAAACCCACAGACGAGGAAUUCAUGUAGGUACUGCCGCUAUGAGAAGUGCAAGUUGCUGGGAAUG